GAGUUUCCGGUGAGUGUUUCUGUGCUCAGUUCUCGAGUAUUGUAUCUUUGGCAAUAGUUACGGCCAGGAGGGCUGUGUGAACUGCUUAACCGGCAGAAGCUGGAGUCUCCGAUGACUUGGUGCCUUCAUCGCUCUGCACAGGGGAUGAUGAGACAGAAGACUGAAAAGUGAUCUCCCCCAAAGUCACCGUAUUAUUGGCAAAUCUGGACAAGAACACCGGCUUGUAACUUCGAAGACCAAGGAUUUUUAUAUUACUCUUGUAGGAAAGAGACCCAAAGAUCUUUACAAGCUAUCUUGCUGGGAAAUGCCCAAGGUCAAAAGAAGCCGGAAAGCACCUCCAGAUGGCUGGGAGUUGAUCGAGCCAACAUUGGAUGAACUAGAUCAGAAGAUGAGAGAAGCUGAAACUGAACCCCAUGAGGGAAAGAGGAAAGUGGAGUCUCUCUGGCCCAUCUUCAGGAUCCAUCACCAGAAAACCCGCUACAUCUUCGACCUCUUUUACAAGAGGAAAGCCAUAAGCAGAGAACUCUAUGAAUACUGCAUUAAAGAAGGCUAUGCAGACAAAAACCUGAUUGCAAAGUGGAAGAAACAGGGCUACGAGAAUCUGUGCUGCCUGCGCUGCAUUCAGACUCGAGACACCAACUUUGGCACCAACUGCAUUUGCCGGGUUCCCAAAAGCAAGCUGGAAGUGGGUCGCAUCAUCGAGUGCACACACUGUGGCUGCCGCGGUUGCUCUGGCUGAUACUCUUGACUCCUCUGCAUCCUGGACUUUGAACCUUGGGCUCAUGCUUAUUGGGCUACUGCCUCCUGAAGCAACUCUUCUCAGGGUGGUGCUCAGAGAAAAGACCCAGGGGAAGCAUGAGCUCUAUAGGUGACAGCUAUAGUGUUCACCAGCUGAAAUCUGUAAAAAUAAAACCUUUAGACCUCUUAGCUACAUUCAUUCUUUCACAGAGCAGCAGGCUGUGGAAUGCAGGGGAUGGACUUAGUCCUGGUAUCUCUAUGUCGUAGAUGCUGUGUGACCAUGAUUGUUUGUCAAGAUGUCUUGGCCUUUGGGACCUGCUAUAAUCUGGGCACCCCAAGCCCAGCAUUUGUCCUUACACCUAUGCCUGUAAAAUGCUAUGGUGCCUCUGGAAUAUUCUUGGCUUCUAAAGUUGAAGGGACUC